AUGUUAGCGUUUAUUUAUUUCCAUCUUAUUCAAAUAUUUCACUUACUGGUAUUUGCUCAACAAAAAAUAAUACGUGAACAACGUAAGAUUGUUUCAAAUCGUGAACGUCUUUGGUCUUUACCUGUCCAUUAUCAUAUCGCUGAACAAGUUGAUAGAAAAUUGGUUGAACAAGGCUUAUCUACUUGGGAAAAAGUUACUUGUGUAACUUUCAUAGAAGUCACCAAUGAGCAACAACAGCUAGCAGAUUUUAACAAUAAAAAUAUUUUAUAUUUUAUUGCUAAUAACGAAUGUUAUUCGAAUAUUGGUUAUGCAAGUGCUGAAAGUCGUUCUAUAUCGUUAUCACCAAACUGUGCGACAUAUGGUGUGCUUUUGCAUGAAAUCGGUCAUGCCCUCGGUCUUUGGCAUGAACACAAUCGUAUGGAUCGUGACAGAUAUAUCAAAAUCCAUUAUGAAUUGAUACCACCUGAAAGACUUGGUGAUUUUAGAAUUAAAUACUGGCUAACUGAUUAUGGCGUACCUUAUGAUUAUGGGUCUAUUAUGCAUUAUUCCACUGAGGCUUUUUCUAAAAAUGGACAAAGUACAAUAUUACCUAUAGAUACAAAUUAUGCGCAAACCAUAGGUCAACGUGAUCAAAUUUCAUUUUAUGACGCUGCUUUGAUUAAUCGUGCCUACUGUGGAAAUCGGUGUAAAAAGGCAAUUUUUGAUGCGUCAAAUUGUAGUAAUGGUGGUUAUAUCAGUCCAAUUCAUUGUAACCAGUGCAUAUGUCCGACUGGUUUCACGGGCAUCAAAUGUGAGCGUUUGCGUAAUAAUUGGAAUUGUUCUUCAUCUAUGCUUUACGCAACAAAACACUGGAAAGACCUUAUAUGGAAUGGUACGGCAAGAUGUACUUGGAUUAUUAAGGUAGAGUGAAA